AUGGAUUCACUACCGCAGCUACUCCGGGACUCUAUUGCCUUCUCAGCCGUAGUCUAUGUUCAGACUGGCAUCGUCGCUUGGGACUUUGCGACUACCUUGAACUUUGACCUGGACGUCGUCAGGGGCAAGAUCUCUCGGACGUGGCCAUUGAUCUUGUUCUUUGGUACUCGAUACGGCUCCAUCGUCGCGUGCACUGCCCUGCUGUGCCAGAUCAACGCUUGGCCCGGCAUAUCAUGUAACACGACGUGGAUAUGGGUGAUCAUCGGCGUCAAACUCCAAAAAUUGUUCGCUGAGGCGCUGUUCGCGGUCAGAGCCUCUGCUGUUUGGGACCACUCUCCCCUCGUCAUUGUGGCGGUGGUCAGCGGUCUGCUGAUCAACACUGGUAUCGGCUUCGCCACUAUCGCAGCUGCUGAUUGGCGUUGGGAGCCACCCACGAGUCCUGGCCUGACAGUCGGAUCUUGUGUACCCAUUGCUUGGGGUUGGAGUCUAGGCGUUGCGUACAUCUGCACCCUCGUCUAUGAUAUUUUCCUAGUCACCCUCAUUUGCACCAGGCUUUGGCAGAUGGGCCAACGCACCCGAUCAUCCGCCUCUGCUCUGAUUUUCAGAGACGGUGUCGUCUUCUUGCUCCUUACUAUGGGACCUACUGUGGCCGCCGUCGCUCUUUACUACGCGGCGUCGACUCCACCAGCACAGUCAUCAGCAAUGACCCUUUCCGCCACUCUCCACUCCCUUUGCGCAGCCAGAGCAGCCCGAAAUCUGGAGAGCUUCUGCUCUCGUUUGCCCGUUUCGUGGAGAACCAAAGUAGCAAACGGCUCGAUGCUCGACCAGGACACGCUGGCUAGAAUUGCCGGUCACAUUGGAGCGUACCGUCACCCCGACGUGGAGAUCCAAGAGUACGGUGUUGCCCACAACAACAGUCCAAACCUGAGAGGCGGUGACUCUGGCUCGAUCGCACCCAUCAGCGAGCCUGGUCACUCCCCCAAAUUGAGCACCUCGCGCAUGGCGUGGCUUCAGGAAGCCUUUACGGGUUUCGCGCCUAGUCGAGUUCCAUCGCGAACUCAUCAGAUGACCAAGGACGUCUACACAUCUCCUCGGCGAGGAAGCACGGGCGGUCCUACUUUCAGCAGUGCGGGUGGCAUUCGAGUCGAGGGGUCGGCGUUCCAGUCCGAAAAGCAAAGCCGCAGAAGUCCGUCGCUCAGGAGUCCUAAAGAUCCACACGAUCUUGACAUCGUGCGCCAGAAUCGCUCCGUACCUGGCAUCAGCAUCGUCACCCAGCAGGUCGAGACCGAAGAAGUCUUGUACAACGAGGGUGCGGGCAGUGCCUCUGCAAGUGCAUACUCGGAGCAAGCGCCGGAGCUUUCCCCUAGGAAGUUCUAGUCCUGGAACACUUUUCUUCCGCCUCCGCAAUGUGGUACCGAUAACCUUGAGUGAUGCCUGACCCACACGCCUAGCCACUUAUUUAUACUUACUUUU